UUAAUGUGCAUGUGUGUGUAUGCGACGUCCUGUUUAACUGGUGCCAUUAACGCAUAAACAAUUUUUAAAAAUAUCUACAAUACUUUUCCACUGCUGUGCUGUGACAAUUAAUAGUAACCCUGAGAGGAUCUCAGGUGUUCGAACCCGCUAGCGUUGUAGAUGCAUAUUCGCAACACAUGAUGUCAGAUGGAUCGCCGCCCCCAUCGAUUUGUUUUAUACGAGCCGCGGAAUCUUAUCCAAAAUCACAAAUGGAAAAGGAAGAUUCACAGCUUUCUGUGCCCUUUCAAGAACUUGCCGGCGAGUCAACUAAAUACUUGGGACGAACCGACGAUGGCAUUCUAGCUUUGUCCAAUUAUCGCAUAUUUCUGUCAAAGAAAUCGACUGCAUUCGAGACGUAUGUGCCGCUGGGCCUGAUUGAGUCGGUGCAAGUGCGUGAUCUUUUCCAGUUGAUUGUCAAUUGCAAGGAUGCCAGCACUGUGAGGUGUUCGUUUCAAUCUGCAGAGCAAUGCUUGGAAUGGCAGCGUCGCAUUCAGUUGUUAAUCGGUGUGCCCGAAACACUGGAGACGCUCUUCGCAUUCCCAUUCUACUCAUGGACCUGCGACAUAAUUGGCAACAAAGAGCGCUCUGCACUAAUAAACGGUAUUGGCCUUAAGUCGGCGACAGCAGCACCUGAGAAUUCAAUAUCAAUACAAGCCCAGACGGCUAGCGAACAUCUGCAUCGCUUGCAGCGAGCGAUUCGUUAUGAGAGCGACUUUAAAAAUGAGGUUAUCCGUCUUGGUUUCGACUUGAAGGGGUCCUGGCGGAUCUCAACGGCAAACACUGACUUUAAACUGUGCCCUUCGUAUCCACAAAAAUUACUUGUUCCGUGCUGCAUUACUGAUGAAAUGCUUCACAACAUUGCCAAUUUCCGGGGAUCGCGCCGACUGCCGGCUGUUGUUUGGCGCCAUCAAAAGUCUGGCGCCAUUCUGGCACGCUGCAGUCAGCCAGAGGUCGGUUGGCUGGGCUGGAGAAAUUACAAGGAUGAGCAGUUGCUGAAAGCGCUAGCCGACGCCUGUGCAUUUGACAGAGGUGAGCAUGCGAGGCGACAGGCAAAAGAUACAAAUGGCGAGGCAGGCUCCUCAGGAAAGAGCUCUCCAUCGCUGGAGGAUUCUUCGCACGAGGAACUUGCACUAGACGAAAUCAGGAAAAUUCUCAUCGUGGAUGCCCGCAGCUAUACGUCAGCGGUCACAAAUCGAGCACGCGGCGGCGGCUGUGAGUGUAUCGAAUAUUAUCCAUGCGCCGAAAUAGAAUUUAUGAACUUGGGAAAUAUCCAUGCAAUACGAAAGAGUUUUCAUGCUGUUCGACAGCUAUGUGCCUCUUCGCCCGACGAUCCAAAUUGGCUUGGACAAUUGGAAAAAACGAUGUGGAUGCAACAUUUAUCGGGCUUAUUGGGAGCCACAAUGACAGUCGUGCAUACGAUUGAGAAAAAUGGUCGUCCGGUGCUAGUACAUUGCUCCGACGGCUGGGAUCGUACACCACAAAUUGUGGCAACAGCGCAAAUUUGUCUGGAUCCCUUUUACAGAACCGUUGAGGGCUUUCGUGUGUUAGUCGAACGCGAGUGGCUCAAUUUCGGCCACAAGUUUGCUGAUCGCUCUGGAAACGGCCCUAAUUCGGAUGAGGUGAAUGAACGUUGUCCAGUAUUUCUGCAAUGGCUUGACCUGGUGCACCAAAUACACCAUCAGUACCCGUGCAGUUUUGAGUUCAGCAUAGGCUACUUGAUAAAACUCGCCCAGCACUCACUGUCAUGUCUGUUUGGCACGUUCCUAUGCAAUUCGCUUAAAGAGCGAAUUGAAAAUUCAGUUUUUGAUCGAACAUUCUCUGUAUGGCCAUUUUUAGCGGAAACGAUGUAUAGAAAUCCACUCUAUAAGCACGAGACUGAAAAGGUACUUUGGCCCGCGCACAGUGUGCGAUUUUUAGAUUUUUGGUCCGAUGUGUAUCUUGGUAGUUUAGGAAACAAAAAUGGUACCGAUCUUCCUUUACAGAGCAAUGAACGACAAAGUGUUCACAGCGUUAACGGGAAAACCCGAUCGACCGAAAAUAUAGCAACAAACGAGCUGUCUCAGAGCACAAUGUCGAGAAGAUCAAGUGAUCCCAAUUUGACAGUGGAUUCAAUCGUAACGGAUGGCUUAAAUUUGAAUGUGAACAGCAACUCCAUGUUUGACAUUCGGUUGGAGGAAAAGGAAUGUAUAAUUGAUAAAAAACAUGAUAUCAAACAUGAUUCCGACUCAGAGGAUAAGUGCGACAGUCCAAAACAGGAGGAGCAUGCACAAAAUGGGUCCACAAAUUUGUUAACUGAAUUAAAGAAUGAACAAAGUACUUCUUCAGUUCAAUGUGAUAUAUUAAAUGCGGGCUCCCCAUCCAUAAAUGGCAAGAUCACCAUUCAGCGUAUGGAUUCCGAGCCCAUUGAUUUUGCAAUACAUACCCCUUGUGAUUCGCCAAAUGAUCAUGCUCCAUCCAUUUGUGAAAGCUUUAGUGAUAAUAGCCGGACUCUGCGUCAGGGCCAAGGCCAAAUUGAUACUAGUACGGAUACCUUAAUUCCUAUAGAAUCUACACAACAAGAGACAAACGGGAUGUUAAAAGAUGAUGCAGUUAAAGACAGCGACGUGCCUUCAGAACAAGAUGCCGAUGUCAUACCUCAAGAAAAAAAGACCGAAGCAACCUCUGUUGCCCAUACCAAUAAAAUUAGUCAAAGUUAUAACAAUUUGCCCCGAGUUCAUAUAAAGCCCAACAAUCUGCGAUAUUUUCAACAAAACGCCACUUCAAAUAUGGAUAAAAGCGAUGCUUUUGAUCAUCCCUUGAAUCUUCAUAUGCCUCAAGAGAAUACAACCAACGACGAUAGCUGCAACGAAACAACUGUAGUAAAUGCAACUAAAGAGGAACUUUUCAAUGGAAUUGUGUCGUUAGCCGAAGGCAGCAACAAUGGCGAUUCCCUGCCCUUAUCACCUGAACAUCAAAGAUGUAACUCUCAAACGCAUAGCACGUUUGCGAACUUUGAUGAGUCCAUGGCUGGUAAUGCGAUGCGAAGAAACACGCUCUGGUCGAACCUUAAUCGAGAUCAAUCACAUUCAAAAUAUACAGAAAAUUCCAGUGGACUUAAUUUUCCGGCAAGUGGACUUAUAUCAUUGCCUCCGACUCCUCAGGGAUCACAGGAGCGAACACAAUUCACUAUAUCCUGUCCCGAUGGCUUGGCACAUGGCUUAAGUGAACAAAAUAUUCGACUACAUCAAAUUGUUCAAGAACACAAGCUACGUGAGGAAGUACUCUUGCGCGAAAUCCACGGCAUGCGUUUGGCGUUGUUACAGAAAGGUUGUCCAAGCUGCAACAGCGUCGUAUCAACAAAUGUGGAGCAUGAAAACGGAUCUGAUAUUGUUGAAAAUGCAUCGACGUGUUCUUGGGAAGCCGUAGAAGAACGUAGUGGUCCAUCGUCAUAUGCCACAUCCUCAAUUCAAGAGAAAAAGGCUUCAAGUAUUCUCUGGGUACCAGAUCAUGCCGUUUCGCGUUGCUCUAAUUGUCAAAUUGAAUUCUGGCUUGGACGAAGAAAACAUCAUUGUCGAUCAUGUGGAGAAAUUUUCUGUGCUGACUGCUCGGAGUUCUGGGCACCUUUACCGUAUGAAAAGCUUUUUAAUCCAGUAAGACUAUGUGGUUCUUGUUAUAUAACCGUUACAACUCAAGUCCACGAAUGUGGCGUUCCUUCAAACCCAAUUUUAAAUGAUGUGGCUAAGCCUUCUGCAAGCUCUCAAGAGUAGUUUUCCAUUAGCUUUAGGGUUCUGACGUUGAAACAAUAUGUACAUAUAAUAUACUCAAAUAUUUAUUGCAUAUAUAUAAAUGUUAACACUGUAAUAGCGA